ACAACAUCGUCUGUAUCUAUUUACCAAUCUAUUACUACAUGACCACUGUCUCACUCUCUACAAUUUACCCAACUGCACCAACUACAUGAACCUAUAAUACCCUCCAUCCCAUGUCUCUCUUCCCCCGUCCAUGUAGCACCUCCCACACAACCACCACCAUGCAAUGGCUACUAACAAAGUUAACACUAAUAUGUCUCACCUCCACCACCAACUUCACCCACCUGGCAGCCGGUGCACCCAUUCCUCUACCAUCACCAUCAUCCACUACAAUCAUCCCAACAACAGCCAACACCCACAUCAUGAAGAACACCAACAACGACAACCCCAAUCACAAUGACCACAUCCACACCCUCCUCAAAUUCCAGUGGCUCGCCUCCCUCCUGAAAAAGCUCUCGGCCCUCACUCUCCGCGACUACUUCAUCAACCUGAGCGUCCUCAUCUGCAUCAUUGCGCUUUUCGCUUUGGCAUACCAAAUCGGCAGCAACACGAUGCGCUGCCAGCGAUGCCGAGUAGACCGGGCCGCUCAGCGCGAGGAACGGAAAGCUCGGAGGGCGUACAAAGCCGCUGCGAGGAGACAUCGAUGGAAGCAAUGGUGGGAGGGUAAGACCUCUUACUAUCAGUAUCAGUGCCAGGAUCGGGGGUUUAGCUAUGAUGAUGGGGCGGUUGUGAUGGGGUCUGUUCGUGUGCGGGAAAGGGAUGUGGAGAUGGGAAGGUUGUCUGAUGAUGAGGGUGAGGGUGUGUUUGCUGUGGCGGAUGCUCCUCUUCCUGUUACUAUGCAGGCGGAAAUACAUGGUUUCAGACAGGCGUUGGAGUAUGUGGGAGAAUUGGUGAGGGAAAGUGCACCGCCGCGGGCCAAGGUGGCAGUGGAUCAGGAAGUGGGUGGUUAUGAUGUGGAUGUGGGUGUGUAUGGGAAGGGUGGAAGUGGAGAGGAGUCGGAUACGGAGGCGUCGUCAACGGUCGGGUUGGCGACGGUUACUUUGUCGACGGGGACGAGUAGCUUGAAGAGUGUGGAUUGUAAGUCGUUGUCGGGGACAAUAGAUACCCUGGAUAGUAUGGGGUCGCCGCCGCCCAGCUAUCAUUCAUGAGGGACUAUGGCUUCAUGUGUAAUAAUACUAAUCAUGGAGUAUGGGAGUUCAGGAUAUGGUUAUGGCUCAUGGCAAAAGGGUGGUUUUGGUAUUUCAUAAUGUUUAAUAUUACAAUGAAAUGGUGGGUGAACG